AUCUAGGCUGGAGUUUGCCAUUCAAAUAAAAGAAAAUGAUGAGUGAUGCAAGUGACAUGUUGGCUGCGGCGUUGGAACAGAUGGAUGGGAUUAUAGCAGGUUCGAAGGCCCUGGAAUAUUCCAAUGGGAUUUUUGAUUGCCAGUCUCCCACCUCCCCAUUCAUGGGAAGCUUGCGAGCACUGCACUUGGUGGAAGAUCUGCGUGGGUUGCUGGAGAUGAUGGAGACUGAUGAGAAAGAAGGCUUGAGAUGCCAGAUCCCUGAUUCAACAGCAGAAACACUGAUUGAAUGGCUUCAGAAUCAAAUGACAAAUGGACAUCUACCUGGGAAUGGAGAUGUAUAUCAAGAGAGGCUAGCACGCUUAGAAAAUGAUAAAGAAUCCCUCGUUCUUCAGGUAAGUGUGUUAACUGACCAGGUGGAGGCUCAGGGGGAGAAGAUUCGCGAUCUGGAGUUUUGUCUUGAGGAGCACCGGGAGAAGUUGAAUGCCACGGAAGAAAUGCUGCAGCAGGAACUUCUGAGCAGGACAUCUUUAGAAACUCAGAAAUUGGACCUGAUGGCUGAAAUCUCUAAUUUGAAAUUAAAGCUGACUGCUGUGGAGAAGGACAGACUGGAUUAUGAAGAUAGGUUCAGAGAUACUGAGGGACUAAUGCAAGAGAUCAGUGAAUUGAGGCUAAGAGUCAGUGAGAUGGACAGUGAAAGACUUCAGUAUGAAAAAAAGCUUAAAUCAACCAAAGAUGAACUGGCAACUCUGAAAGAACAACUGGCAGAGAAGGAAUCUGAAGUAAAAAGGUUACAAGAAAAGUUGGUUUGCAAGAUGAAAGGAGAAGGUGUUGAAAUUUUUGAUAGAGAUGAAAAUUUUAAAAAGAAGCUCAAAGAAAAAAAUAUUGAAGUACAAAAAAUGAAAAAAGCUGUGGAGUCGUUGAUGGCAGCCAAUGAAGAAAAGGAUCAGAAAAUAGAAGAUCUCCGACAGUGCCUGAACAGGUACAAGAAAUUGCAAGACCAAGUCAUGCUGACUCAAGGUAAAAAAGGCAAAGAUGGUGACUAUGAAGACCUGCCCAAUUCUGGUUCCAUCUCUGCUUUGUUGGAUGCCCAGGGCUUCGGGGAUCUAGAGAAAAGUCCAUCACCUAUUCCGGCCCUAGGCUCUCCAAGCCACGACCCAUUUAACACGAGUAUUCCAGAGGAGUAUCACACGAACAUCUUGCAAGUUUCAAUCCCUUCACUGCUGCCAGCAUCUAAAGGCUUGGAAACUUCUGAAAAAGCAAAAUUGCCUCCUAAACUUGAGACUUCUUUUGAAGAGAAUGAUGGAAAAAUAACGCUUGAUGUCACUGUUGAAACUCAGCGUUGUGAUAGUUCUUUGCCAUCAAGUCUACAAAAGUCCACCAGCCUGGGCAAUCUGAAGAAGGAGACCUCAGAUGGGGAAUCGGAGUCUAUUCAGAAGCCUAUAGAGAGUAAAGCUCCAGGCGAACGUACCGUAGGGACCCUCCCUCCCAAAGCUCCGGGACACGAUGCCUCCAUGGAUGACAACCCCUUUGGCACUCGGAAAGCCAGAUCUUCGUUUGGUCGGGGCUUUUUUAAAAUAAAAAGUAACAAGAGGACAGCAAGCGCACCAAAUUUGGAUCGUAAACGAAGUGCCAGUGCACCUACCUUAGCUGAAACAGAAAAGGAGGCAUCGGAGCACCUGGAUCUGGCUGGCAUGUCUUCUCGGCCUAAAGAUUCACAAGGCAGUAGCCCCUUCCAGAUACUACCACCAUCUCCAGAUACCAGAAAGAAACCCAGAGGGAUCAUGAAGCUCUUUGGAAAACUUAGAAGAAGUCAGUCAACCACAUUCAACCCAGAUGACAUGUCUGAGCCUGAAUUUAAAAGAGGAGGGACACGGGCAACUGCAGGACCUCGCUUGGGUUGGUCUCGAGAUUUGGGACAAUCAAACAGUGACUUGGAUAUGCCUUUUGCCAAAUGGACCAAGGAGCAGGUUUGCAGUUGGCUGGUAGAACAGGGCUUGGGGUCCUACCUGAAUUCUGGCAAGCACUGGAUUGCUUCUGGCCAAACGCUUUUGCAGGCUUCUCAGCAAGACCUAGAGAAGGAACUUGGAAUCAAGCAUUCACUUCAUCGAAAGAAACUCCAGCUAGCACUGCAGGCCCUGGGUUCUGAAGAAGAAACGAAUCAUGGGAAGCUGGAUUUCAACUGGGUCACUAGAUGGUUGGAUGAUAUUGGGCUCCCCCAGUAUAAGACUCAGUUUGAUGAAGGACGGGUAGAUGGCCGGAUGCUGCAUUACAUGACUGUGGAUGACUUACUGUCUUUGAAAGUAGUGAGUGUGCUUCACCAUCUUAGCAUCAAAAGAGCCAUCCAGGUCUUGAGAAUAAACAACUUUGAACCAAACUGUCUGCGGAGACGACCAUCUGACGAGAAUAGCUUCGCCCCCUCAGAGGUUCAGCAGUGGACCAAUCACCGUGUGAUGGAGUGGCUGCGCUCAGUGGACCUGGCCGAGUACGCUCCCAAUCUCAGAGGCAGUGGUGUCCACGGGGGCCUCAUGGUUCUGGAACCUCGUUUUAAUGUAGAAACAAUGGCUCAGUUAUUGAACAUUCCACCAAAUAAGACUUUGUUGCGGAGACAUUUGGCCACUCAUUUCAACCUUCUGAUUGGUGCAGAGGCCCAACAGCAGAAGCGCGAUGCCAUGGAGUUACCAGAUUAUGUCCUUCUCACAGCUACCGCCAAAGUGAAGCCAAAGAAAUUAACCUUCAGCAAUUUUGGGAAUCUGAGAAAAAAGAAACAGGAAGAUGGUGAAGAAUAUGUUUGUCCAAUGGAAUUGGGACAGACAUCAGGAAAUACAUCUAAGAAAGGAUUUAAAGCAGGGUUGGACAUCCACCUAUAUGAUGAUGAUGACUUGGACCGAUUAGAACAGAUGGAAGAUUCAGAAGGGACAGUGAGACAGAUAGGUGCAUUCUCUGAAGGCAUCAACAAUCUAACACACAUGUUAAAGGAAGAUGACAUGUUUAAAGAUUUUGCUGCCCGCUCCCCCAGUACCAGCAUUACGGACGAAGACUCCAACGUUUGA